AUGGCAGAUUCCCUGUUUGUGGUUCUAAAAAAAAUUGCUCUUUCUCUGGGAGAAGAGGCACUGGGGAAGAUUGGCACAGAGAUGGUGGUCCAAGUAGCGCCGAUCAUGACAGAUUUUGAGCAGAGCAUGAAGCAAAUCGAGGGCGAACUUUUGGUUCUGCAGGCCUUUAUUGGCCAGGUUAGUGCACAGAGAGUGGGUGACAAGGCUUUUGAUGCAUGGUUGGACCAAGUUAGAGAUGUUGCCCAUGAGGUGGAAGAUAUCAUUGAUGAGUAUGCUUACCUUACUUCGCAAGCAGCAUUGGAUACAAGCAGCUUCUUCAAAAGGAAGUUCCAUCAGAUCAAAAACUUUGUGGCAUGGCAGAGGUUCCCUAGCCAGAUCAGUCAAGUAGAGGCUCGAAUUCAGAGGCUAACGGAAAUGAGGAAUCGAUAUGACCUCUCAGUAGGUAAACAAGGCAAGAGUAGCAAUUUACAGCUUACCAAUCAGCUUUGCAUGUCAGAUUCUGCUUACCUAACUGAUCACUCUGAGAUAGUUGGAAAUGUUGAUGAAAUUGGAAGGUUGACUGAGUGGUUACUUGAAGAGAGACAAGACCGAACUCUGAUAGCCAUAUUUGGUAUGGGGGGUUUAGGUAAAACUACUAUCGCAAGCACUGUCUACAAGGAUCAAAAGAUCAAAACAUCUUUUGAUUGCCACGCCUGGGUUGUUGUAUCUCAGACCUAUCAGGUUGAAAAACUACUAAGAGAAAUUAUAAAUCAGCUAAUAGGUGAAAGAGCAAGCAUGCCACGUGGUGUCAUGACCAUGAGUCGCAUGAGAUUAGUUGAGGUAAUACAAAGCCAUUUGCAGGACAGGAAAUAUCUCAUUGUCUUAGAUGAUGUAUGGGACAAAGAUGCUUGGUUAUUUUUGAACUAUGCAUUUGUCAGAAACAGUUGUGGAAGCAAAGUGCUUAUAACAACCCGGAGAAAAGAUGUGUCUUCUUUGUCAGAGGACAGCUAUGUCAUUGAACUCAAAACCCUUAAACAUGCUGACUCUUGGGAACUGUUUUGUAAAAAGGCAUUUCGUGCUUCAAAAGAUAACAUAUGUCCUGAAACUAUAAGGUCUUGGGCAAACAAAAUUGUUGCAAAGUGUCAAGGAUUGCCACUUGCCAUUGUAACCAUUGGAAGUAUUAUGUCAUACCGUGGCUUGGAGGAACAGGAGUGGGCUUUUUUCUACAACCAACUUAGCUGGCAACUAGCUAACAAUCCAGAGCUCAGUUGGGUUUUUAAUGUAUUAAAUCUGAGCUUGAAUGAUCUUCCAUGCUAUCUGAGGAGCUGCUUUCUGUACUGCAGCCUCUUUCCCGAAGAUUACAAGAUUACAAGAAAACUUAUUUCCAAGCUAUGGAUAGCGGAAGGUCUUGUGGAAGAUAGAGGAGACGGAACAACAAUGGAGGAAGUUGCUGAGUGUUACCUUAUGGAGCUCACUCAACGCUCUCUUCUUCAGGUCACAGAAAGGAAAGCAUGUGGAAGAGCUAGAACAUUUCUGAUGCAUGAUCUUGUGCGAGAGGUAACAUCAAUCAUUGCUAAAAAGGAGAAGUUCGGUAUUGCACAUGGUGGUGCUGGUACAACCCAAGUUGCCCAUGGAGCUCGCCGCUUAUGCGUCCAAAGGGGUGCACAGACCUUGAAUUCUUUCAGUAGCUCACGGCUCCGUUCAUUCAUUUUGUUUGACACCGAAGUACCAUGUUCUUGGGUUCAUGAUAUUUUAUCACGUUUCAGACUACUGAGGGUCCUAUGCCUAAGAUUUGUCAAUAUUGAACAAGUGCCAGACGUGGUCACAGAACUGUAUAACUUGCGUUAUAUAGAUUUCUCAUACACAAAAGUGAAGAUGAUACCAGCAUCAUUUAGAAAACUUGUUAACCUACAAGUUUUGGAUCUCAGAUGCACCUAUGUAGAGGACUUGCCAAUGGAAAUAACUAUGCUAACUAAUUUACGGCAUUUACAUGUGUUUUUAGUCCAUGAUCUUCAAUUGAGAUCAUUGAAUUGCCUCAGUGCUACAAAAAUUCCUGGUAAUAUUUGUCAUCUAAAGAAUCUACAAGCUUUGCAGGUUGUUUCAGCCAAUAAAGAUUUGGUUUCACAGCUGGGGAACUUACAAUUACUGAGAAGUUUGGCUAUUGCGGAAAUGCGACAAAGCUACAUUGCAGAGUUAUGGAACUCACUGACAAAGAUGCCUAACCUGAACAGACUACUUAUUUCCAUGUGCAAUGUGAAGGAGACUCUUGACUUGAAAACGCUAAAGCCGUUGCCAAAUCUGACGUUAUUCGUCCUGUCAGGAAAGUUGGAGGGAGGCUUGCUCCCAUCAAUAUUUUCUGUGAAAUUAAAGGUGUUAAAAUUGGACUGGUCUAGUCUGAAGAAGGAUCCUGUUAGCUCUUUUUCUCAAAUGUUAAAUCUUGUUGAUCUAUUGCUCACUGGAGCAUAUGCUGGGGAACAGCUAACUUUUUGCACUACAUGGUUCCCCAAUCUCAAAUCUCUGCAAUUAGCUGACAUGGAACAUCUUAGUUGGAUUGAGAUAGAGGAUGGAACAAUGAUGAAUCUACAUGUUUUGUUACUUGCUGGUUUAAGGAAUCUAAAGGCUGUACCUGAGGGCAUCAAGUACAUCAGGACACUCCAUGAGAUGUUUCUGACAGAUAUGUCAAAUGAGUUCAUAAUAAGACUGCAUGGAAGUGACAAUCACAUUGUUCAACACAUACCCAACAUCAAUAAGUUUGACUCUUCUGAUUCUCAAGCAGUAAAUAACGCCAUUUAUCUGCCGUGGCUCGCCAAGAAAUUUGGUCCAGGUGCAAUUAAGUAUGCCUCUAUAAACUGUGGCCCAUCUGGCUCUUGA